CAGGUCGCGGGCUUCUCCCCGAGAACCGCGGGGGAGACAGCCCCAGGGUGUGGGUUCCCCUGCCCUCGGGCGUGUAGCGCGGGGUCAGGCUCAAGGAAAUCGUGGCAGGUCCCUUUGGGGAGUAGUUUGCCAACUAAUCUGUAAGGUCAUUCUGUUGUCUGUGCGUUUCCAAUGCAUUCCGUAAUAAAGACAUGGUCCCUUUUAGGGGAAAUGUCUGAAAAACUAAGAAGAUGCAGAAAGGAGCUGACUGCUGCCAUUGACCGGGCCUUUGAAGGAGUCAGUCAUUCCCAGGAGUGUUCGGGCCCGCAGAGGCCGGAGCUGGAUGCCCCGCAGCACUCCUUCCCCCUCCCCGUGCACCAGCUCCUCUGCAGGAGACACCCGCUCGCUGCCUGCGCUGCUGCACCUUUUGCUCCGGUCCCGGUCCCGUGUGCUGCUGAGAACGAGAGCCCUGCCUUUGCAUCAAACCAUGCCCCAGUAAAUGCAAAACCACAUGCUUUCUGCCCCCAAAGAAAACCUUUGACCAGCAAGGAAAACGUAUUGAUGCAUUCCUCCAUUUUGGCACCCGAAAGACAGUUUUGGAGAGCUGCAGGAGAUGGGGAAAACUGGAGAAAAGAAAGUUUAAGGAAAGAUAUGGAGAGAGAUUUGAAGGUUGACUCAAACAUGCCACUCAACAAUUCUAGCCAAGAAGUCACAAAGGAUCUGCUUGACAUGAUUGACCAUACAAGCAUCCGAACUAUUGAAGAAUUGGCUGGAAAACUAGAAUUUGAGAAUGAGUUAAACCGCGUGUGUGGUCGCCGCGACGACUCACCCCUCAAGGAGGAAGCCUGGGCCCUGCUCGUGGACGAGAGCCCUCGGAAGGCCUCGGAUGCUGACCCUGGCGGUCUCGAGCAGGCUUUUGAUGAUCACAAUAUCGUUGAGACUGUGCUGGACUUGGAAGAGGACUACAAUUUGAUGACCUCUUUUAAAUACCAAAUUGAAUAGGACAGUUGAUUUUAGCUUUGACUGCGAGGCUGACGUUAAGGAGCCUGCGAAGCAGCAGCCACGGUGGUCAUCAGGGGCCACAUUUUUCAAAGGAUUGGCAGAAUCUGAAUUACCACAUCAUUUUUAACCUCUGGUUGUGUCCUUUUUGGCCGAGAGCCCAGUUUUUGUAUUCUUUUGCUU